GCCCUGCUCCUCCUCUUCAACAACACCCAGCACCCAGCCCAGCGUUGAUUGAACUCGUCUCUUGACAGCACCGCACAACAUACUUUUUGUUCCUUCACGGAAAUCACCGCUUUUUAAAUCGCUCAUUAAAGGCAACAAUAAAUUCGUCGAAUUGAUCUUUGAAUCUCGUUAUAAAGAGAUAUAUUGUGAAAAAUAUCCAUAUGGCUGUCACGUAUGUGGAUGAUUGCAUUUUUUGCAAAAUCAUCAAAUCUGAAGCACCUGCCGAGAAUAUUUACGAGGAUGACGAAGUUCUUUGCAUCAAAGACAUCAAACCUGCGUCUAGGCAUCAUUAUCUAAUUAUUCCAAAAACUCAUAUACCAAAUGCCAAAAGUUUGAAAGCUGAAGAUGAACCGUUGUAUGACAAACUUGUUAAUACGGUCGCUUCGGUGUGCACCCAACAGGGCAUAAAUACUUCCUCGAUGCGAACAGGAUUCCAUUGGCCGCCGUGCAAUAGCGUCAACCACUUGCAUCUCCAUGUCAUUGCCCCGGUGAAUGAAAUGGGCUUUGUUCAUAGACUAAUGUUCAAAGAAAAUUCUUUUUGGUUUGUUAGCACCGAUUAUGUGAAAUCGCUCUUCAAAGAUGCCAGAUGAUGAAUAAUGUUGAACAAUCUAUAUGCGCGAACGACCGUGACGGUUCGACUAGAUUAUUGGCAAUUAGCAAUUUUUUUUCAAAGGAAAAAGCAAGUGAUUAUAUUUUGUUACAUAUAUAUUUAUUGUAUUUGCUACAAAUAUUCAAUUGGAUCGUAUAUUUAAAAAAAACAUUUCUCAGUUCCAAUGCCACUACGACGAGAAGUACAAUUGCUUUUAGCAACAUGGUAUAAAUAAUAUAACAAAAUCUCUCGUUUAGGAAAA